AUGACCGAUAAAUAUGUAUCAGGUUAUCCUCCUCCACCAUAUUAUUAUGAGGAAUAUGAAGAUGCAAAUAUAAAAAAGAUUUUUGAAAUAAAUAAUUCUAAAGAUAAUGAACAAUUUAUAAAAAAAAUAAAUGAAAUAUAUAAUAUAUAUGAUAUUAAUGAAAAUAAGAAUAUAAAAACGCUUCUAGCAUAUAAUGAUAUAGAUAAAUAUGAUAAAAAUAAAUGUACCUUUUUAAUGGGGAGACCCCCCCCAAUAGCUUUAAAAAAUAAUUAUAAUAUAUUUGGUAUGAAUUACAAUGUUGAAAGAAAAAUUGAAAAAUUAGAACCAGACGAUUGCUUAUAUAAUGAAAAAAAAAACUUAAAGGAAGAAUUUAUUAGAUUAUAUAAAAUGUAUAAGGAUUACUUUUUUGAUUUAUUUGAUGAUAUAGUAAAUAAUAGAAAAAAUGAUAAAAGCAUAAUAAAAAAUUUAAUAAAAGUUCAUAUAAAUUUAUUUCAUAUAUUAGCUAAUUUAAGGUAUCAUCAAAGUGUUAAUAAUAUUAUUAAUGUAUUAAAGAUACAACUAAAAAGAAGGCAAAUAGCCAUUGAUAAAAUGAAAAUAAGUUUGUUAAAUGUGUAUAAUUAUAUAAAUUAUGUCCAAACAAAUUUUUCAAAAAUAAAAAUGAUUAAAGAUGAAAAAAAAAAUACUAAAAAAGAAAAAAAAUUAAAAAUUACAGAAAAUUGA